UUCAGCCAACAAAAUAUAUAAACUGUACUUUUUUUGUUAAAAUAUUAGAUAUAGUAUAUUACAUAACUCAAAAUGUCGUCUAAUUUUUGUCGAACUACAGUUAUUUUGCUGGUAGUUAGUAUUUUAAGUCAAACAAAAUGCGACGAAGAUGGUACCAUAGUUGAACUGAAGCAGGGAAAAAUCAGAGGGCAUAUACUAAAAAGCGAAAGUGGACAGGAUUAUUAUGCAUUUCAAGAAAUUCCAUUUGCUGCUCCUCCAGUAGGAAAAAAUAGAUUCCAGCUUCCUAAAGAACCAGAACCAUGGGAUGGUAUUCUAGAUACAACAAAAAACACUAAAAUUUGUUAUCAAUAUAUAAGCAGAUUCGACUUUCUGAAAAUAGAUGAGGACUGUUUGUAUAUUAAUGUUUACAGUCCACAGAAACCUGGUAGCGACGACUUACUUCCAGUUCUUUUAUGGGUUCACGGAGGUGGUUUAGUAAAUGAAUCAAGUACCAUUGAAUACUAUGGGCCCAAAUAUAUUAUGGAUCACGGUGUGGUAGUUGUGACUUUUAACUAUCGUCUGGGGCCAUUUGGGUUUCUUGGAACCGACGAUGGAGUUAUUCCACAGAACCUUGGUUUAAAAGAUCAACGACUUGCUAUAGAAUGGGUUAAUCAAAACAUUCAACUUUUUGGAGGCAAUCCAGAACAUGUGGUCCUAGUUGGUGAAAGUGCAGGAUCUUUAUCUGUUGGCUUGCACUUAAUGGGAGACUGGGAGAAAGGCAAAGAACUCUUUCAUGGUGUCAUCAUGCAGAGCGGUACUCCUAUUUCUGGUAUAUGCACAACACAGCAUCCAACUGAACAAACUUUCAGGCUUGGUAAAAUUGUGGAUCCAUCAUUUGAUUCAACAAGUUCUGAGGAACUGUUAGAAGUGUUACAAAAUGCUUCAGCACAAGACAUUCUCUGGGCCAAUAUACCAGGUGGAGCAGCGCUGGAAAAGAGUGGACCUUUUAGUUAUCCUGCGUACCAAGCAUUUAUUGACAAAAAUUAUAAAAAAGUGCCAGUAAUAAUUGGAUUUAAUUCAGAAGAGUGGCUUUAUCUUGCUUUAGGGAACAACGAAGAAACGCUUAAAGCAGUUGACGCAGAUCCAAGGUUGUUAGUUUCCGCACUAUUAACAAUGACUCCUGAAAAUCGAACCAUUACAGGAAACCUUUUGAAAGAUCUAUACACCAAUAAUGGACAGUUCGUCGAUAAUUUAGGUGGUUAUAUAAGGUCCGUAAGUGACAGCCUCUUCACGACAUCAACCUGUAAACAAGUCGAGCUUGCUUCUGAGGAACUUCCAUACUUUUUCUAUCAAUUUUCUUACAAGGGAGAAUUGGGACAAGAGACACGAUUACUGCCAGUCACACCACCAGGAGUUGGUGGUACUGUAGCCCAUGCCGAAGACCUUCAUUAUAUGUGGGAAGAACUGGGUACGAAUAGUGACUUAAGUAAAUAUUCAUCUGAAGAUCAGUUGAUGUUACAUCGUUAUGUUAAACUAUGGACCAACUUUGUAAAGUAUUUCAAUCCAACACCAAAACCAGAUCCACUACUGAAUAAUUUCACCUGGAUCCCUUCCAAUAAGGAAACCCUAGCGUAUAUGAACUUUGAAUUGGACUUAGAAAUGAAGGAACAUCCGAGACAAUACUCGCAAGUUAAAGCAAUAAUAGAAAAGUACAUGGAACCUCCAUAUCUUGUAUUUACAUAAAUUGUAUUCAAAAUGAAAUUGAUUUAUUAAAGAAAUUAAAAUUU